GAUAGUACUGGAAUGAAGUUGUGGAAGAAACGGUGGUUUGUGCUCUCAGAUCUGUGUCUCUUCUAUUACAGAGAUGAGAAAGAAGAAGGAAUACUAGGUAGCAUACUUCUGCCUAGUUUUCAGAUAUCUGUGCUUUCUCCCGAGGACCAUAUUAACCGCAAAUAUGCCUUUAAGGCAGCUCAUCCAAACAUGAGGACCUAUUAUUUCUGCACAGAUACAGGGAAGGAAAUGGAGUUGUGGAUGAAAGCUAUGACAGAUGCAGCACUUGUGCAAACAGAGCCUGUGAAAAGAGUAGAGAAGUUAACCGCCGAAAAUGCACCACCUCGAGAGGCAAAUAAUAUUUCAAACCAUCGGGUGCUAAUUAAGCCAGAGGCACAAAAUAACCAGAAGAACAAAGUGAGCAAAAAUGAGGAGAAGAAAGCUUUGGAAGCCGAAAAAUACGGAUUCCAGAAAGUCGGGCAAGAUAAACCAUUAACGAAAAUUAACAGUGUAAAGCUCAAUCCUCUGGGAUCCGAGUACAGGACUUUGCCCAUAACCACAAUUCAGGCUGGACACUUCAGGGCAGUUCAUUUGAACGGGUCUGAGCACAAAGCUAUUGGUGUUGUCCUGGCGGACGCUGCAGACGCAGCGCAGCACAAUGCGGUUCCGUCACAUCUGGAGUCUGAACGAGUUAUGCAGAGAACUAAUUCAAUGCUGCAGCUGGAACAGUGGAUUAAAAUACAAAGAGGAAAAGGACAAGAGGAGGAAACAAGAGGCAUAAUCUCGUAUCAGACGCUACCGAGAAACAUGCCCAGCCAUCGGCCUCAGGCUUUACCCCGGUACCCAGAAGGCUACAGAACCCUGCCGAGAAACAGCAAGGCACGGCCGGAGAGCCUCUGCGGCGUGACGCCGUCGGCUUACGACAGAGCCACGGCGCCAGGAGCAGCGGAAGAGAAGCGGAGGUCCAUGCGCGAUGACACGAUGUGGCAGCUCUACGAAUGGCAGCAGCGCCAGUUCUACAACAAGCAAACAACUCUCACUAGGCACGGUACUCUGGGUAGCCCCAAAGCUAUAAUUAAUAUUUCUGAUCAGACGAUGCAUUCCAUUCCCACCUCACCUUCUCAUGGAUCAAUCGCUGGUUUCCAAGGAUAUUCCCCACAGCGGAACUACCGAUCAGAAGUGUCUUCGCCAGUGCAAAGGGGAGAUGUAACUAUUGAUCGCAGGCACAGGACGCAUCACAGUAAGCAUGUCUUUGUACCUGACAGAAGGUCAAUGCCAGCAGGUCUGAGUUUGCAGCCUGUUACUCCUCAGAGCCUCCAAGGCAAAACACCAGAGGAGCUCACGCUGCUGCUAAUAAAGCUGAGACGGCAGCAAGCCGAACUGAGUAGUAUCCGGGAGCACACACUAGCACAGCUCAUGCAGCUAAAACUCGAGGCCAGCAGCCCGAAGAAUGAGAUUCUUUCACAUCACCUUCAAAGGAAUGCCAUAUAUGUGGAUCAUCAG